UCGCUCCUAAAAUUACUAUUUGUGGGAUAUUUUAUUCAAACGACUGAUCCAAUUUUUUUUUCCUUUAAUUCACCCACAAAUCUCACUUCUCUCCUUCGAUUCCCACUUUUUCCUGAAUCCGACAUCAAAUCUGCACAAAAUCCUGAUUCGAUUUGACAUCGUUUUUGUAAUAACCGAAGUUUUGAUCGUCGCCCAUUGAUUUUAAUUUAAAUUAACCCCAAAAGAAAAAAAAAAAAAAACAGGUAUAAGAAAUGGAGCUGAAGGGAAAUUUCUUGCCGCAGUUUGAUGUUCGGGAGCCGCAAACGACCUUCGUUCCUUAUGUCAAGCACGAUUAUCUACCUGUUGUCGGAGUUUUUACUAGGGAGACACUCCCUGCUCAUUACUACAGAGGGAAGAAUCUUGAAGUUCAUUGCAAUAACGGCCAGAGUAUCCGAAAUUUACCUCUCCCAAAGAACGAGAGUUCAAAGCUGCCCGAACUCGCCUUUGACCGACUGCAGUUGACUGACAAAGAAUGCACCGGAUUGCAAAGACGAAAGUUUGGUCGUUUUGUUGCUCGUCAGGCAAUACUGGAUGAAGAAUAUUGGACAGCAGCAUGGCUCAGAGCAGAAGCCCAUUGGGAACCCUUGUCUUAUAUGAGGCAUGUUGAGAGUCAUAAAAGAAAGUAUGCUGAAGAGGAAUUCUAUUGUUUGAAGCGAAGGUGUUUUGCGCAGGAGGGAAAUUCAUUGAACUGCUUUUGUUUUGUUGCAAUUAAAAAGGAAGAUAAAAAUGUUAGAAGAACGGUACUUAACAGUAUAGUGGGAACGUUAGACUUAAGUAUCAGGCAAUUCAUGCAAGGGGAAAUAUUUCCCGGGGAAAUAAAGAGAGUGUCCGCGGUUUUGGCGAGUCAAGAGCCCUUUAAUACACAUAAAUACGCAUAUAUUGCAAAUGUUUGUGUCGCAAAGUUUGCUCGACGACAGGGUAUCGCUUCAAACAUGUUGUACCUAGCUACCGAUGCAGCUAUGAUGGCAGGGGUGACGCAGCUCUUUGUUCAUGUUAACGCAGACAAUAAUCCUGCCCAGGAUCUGUACAAAAAAACUGGCUUUAAGGUUGUCGAGGCGGCUUCGUUUCCACUUAGGAAAGACCAGAGGAUACUGAUGGCCAUGGAACUGUAAUUUAUGCCACUGUUAAUAUUAAUAGCCUCGUGUAUAAUUUCGAAAAAUACAUAUAUAUAUUAAACUUGUAUAUAUUCGUUAAACACACACAAAUUGCUGGUUUGUGUAUGUCUGUAUUAUGUUCAAAAUAUGAUUGGGAUGUAAAUUGUCCAGAAAAAGUUGGCAUAGUGUUUAGUCAGGAAUUUAACAUUAUAAAUUAGGGUUUGCAUAUGCUGUAUUGAGAAUCAGCUUUUAUUGAUUCUAUCAAUGUUGUAAUAAUUGUGAGCAUUUUUCAUUUUCAUGCAAUAUGACUCUUUUUUAUUU